GCGGGCUAGAGGGGCCGAGGGUGAACCAUAGAGCGCGGCGUCCGCCGCGGAGCAGAGCGGCUACACACCAUAGAGCGGGGCUGUGAGGGCUAGAGGGGCCGCCUCGGAUCACGGAGCUCAGCCCCCCGGCGGGUGGAGAGGCCCGAGCUCUCCGCUGGCCGCGUGGGAUCCGAGCGGGCGGCGGGGAGAGGUUGGUUUGCGGGGCGGAGCCCCCCACGGCCCCGCUGCGUCUCGCGGGGAUCGCAGACAGCGCGAGACCCUGCGCGUGCGCUGGGGAACCCUGAGGGAGAGCGCUGCCCCGCGGCGUUGCCAUGGGAACGGGGAGGCGCUCAGGAUGCUCAGCGAGGCCGAAAGCUGCCCUGGACCCACAGGCUGCCCCAGCCUGCCAUGUCAGGGAGUCUUCUAGCUGCUGCUCGGGGGCUGGGGCACUCUGCUUUCUGCUGAUCCCAUGCUGCAAUGUAACGUCCAGCUGCAGUCAUGCAACAGAGAGGCCACGUCAGUGCAUGCAAGAAACGCGCAGCGCCACUACUACAAGCUGUCCAAGGAGAGAGUGAGAGCAGUCAAGGCUCUGGCAGGAUCCAGCGCACCCCCCUGGUCAGCAGCAUCUAGCCCCACACCUCAGACCUGGGCUAAGAGCACUGAGACGCCCGCAGGGACUGGCACCCCCACCGUGGGGGCCACAGCACCAGAUGAGCCCAGCUGUGGCAGUGGGCAGCCCUGCCCCCCUUGGAGCACCUGCGUGUCCUGGGCUGGGCACUUCUCCUGCCGCUGCGUCCUGGGCUUCUAUCUCAGCCGGACCAUGGGCUGUGUGCCAGCCAGGACGUUCCCAGGGCGCCUCUCCCUGCGGGCCACCGGCCCAGCACCCCCAAGCCCGCUGCCACCUGCCGACCUGCGCAGGGUCGUCACCCAGCUGGAGAGCCUGUUCCAGCCUAUCCUGGGGCAAUUGGACGCUUAUCUGUCCUCCUCUGUCCUGGACCUGCAGCCGCACAGCCAGGCAGUGACUGUCCUGCACAGCUUCUCGGCGCUCUCGUCCGUCACGGCCCGGCAGGUGGACGGGGCCAUCGCGGGGUUCUGGGAGCGGUGCCAGGCCAGUGACCCAGCCUGCAGCUUCCUGCGGGACACCGUCUCCUACCAGAGCCUGAGUCUCUGUGAACUGCAGCCCUGUGACCCCGUCUCCACAGCCUGCGUGUUCCAGGAUGGGCUGGCCCAGUGCCCCUGCCGGCCGGGAUACCACCCCGUCCCUGCCAACGGCCAUGCCUGCGCAGCCUGUGGCAGCGGUUUCUGGCUGCGGGAUGGCAUCUGUGCCAGGUGCCCGUUUGGCUUUGGUGGCUUCCAGUGUGAGGAGCCCUUCCUGCUGGCGCUGGUUGGGGUGUCCUGCGCUGGGGGCGUCGUCCUGCUGCUGCUGACGGCGCUGCUGCUCCUGGGGAGAGCCAAGGCACUGGCACAGGGCCCCAGCCUGGGAGAGCCGGUCGUGCUGCCCUUCCAGCCCCAGCAGCUGAGCCUGCCCCGGGUGCGCCCUCCACGGCCCCUGGAGGAGGUGGAGAUCCUGGAGCUUGGCCGCGGGGACAGGCUGAGCCUGGGUGCUGGGCGGGUGCUGGCCGCCGGGCCCCGCAUGAAGACGUUCCGGGGCUCCCAGAGCUCGCCCAGCUCAGCUCCCCGGCCAGGGGGUGGCCAGAGCAACCUGGUGUUUGUCAGUGAUGAGGAGUGGGGCCGCCGGAACUGCUGAGGGGCAGGCGGGGCACUGCCCCAUACCUAGCCCCGUGUCCAGCUUGGGAGGAGACGGUGCCAUUCGAACUCAGAUCCUCAGCCCUGCCCUGAGCUGGGAGGGGCUGCCACAUAGGUGUGCUGAUUGGCUGGCAUGGUGUGAUGUAUUGUGGGGGUGUCACAGCCUGUAGUCAGGGUAGGCCCUGUAGCAGCUGCCCCACAAGGCAUCCCAGCCCCUUGGCCAUGAGGGCUGGAGCUUGAGGGGAUGGGGCCGUGGGCUGGGCCCCCCCAGUGUGGGGAACUCUGAGGGG